CGCUCCGAUUAGUGACAUCACAUGCUCUCCUCGUCCAAUCAGAAAUCUAAAAAUGCUGAGUCGCGCUCUGCGCGCUUUGCUCGAAAGGGUUUGCAACGUUCACUCGCGUCAGUCGCGUCCCUAUUAUCUUCCUACUUCAUGAUCCAGAUCCACUUUAUCGGAGAACGGUUAUACACACGCUCGUACACGCCGAUACCGAUAUAUACGUAUGCCUUAUUCGAAUACGCAAUACCAUCGUCGUCGAUGCAAAAUCGGAGUCGUGCGUCUACCUCGACGACGUUUCCGCGGCAUAAAUAUGUAAAUACAGUAUGGCCGAAAGAAGCGGAAGCUUCUACACUUUCCCGGAUGGCAUUUCGUUAUGCGACUGACGGAGUUUCGACGCUACGCCGUUCGAUGUGAUUCCCGUGGAUACACGAGUCUCCGGAGCGAAAUGACGUAAACGGUUACGCCGAGAUCUUUCACGGAAUAUAUUUCGACUAGAUCCGAUAAGAAUGUCACUCGGUCGCCACUGGUAAGAGAGAGAGAAAGAGAGAGAGAGAGAGAGAAAGUGCGAGCUAGCGAGAGAGAGAGAGAGAGAAAGGGAGUGAGAGUGAGUGAGAGAAAAAGAAGGAGAUGUUAUGUUUAUAUCUCGGUGAAGUGUAGGAGGACACACCGCUCGUGAACUCUAAAUACAUCCCUCGCGCGCGCGGAGGAUGGAAUGCAACGAGCGGAGGCACGUUCGUCGGUGCACGUUCUAAAGCUACACGACGAUGCCGCGGCAGGCCUACACCGCGUGCCCCGCCGACAUUCCGCUCGGCGGCGUCGACGAUGUCAAAGCCAUAGGCGCCGCUGCCAUGGACACGGACGUGGAGCUCGGCAAGGGCGAGGGGUGCGAGACCAUCCCGGGCUGCUCCGGCUACUCGAGCAUGGUGCACAGCAAGAAGGUCAUUAAGCACGCGUUGCGGCAGCAGGCCAAGCGGCGCAGGAAGAACACGACGAUAGCGUCGGGCAAUUCCCGCACGUUGCCCAGGAUCGUCGUCAAGCCGCUACCGCCGCCGCCGCCGAACGAUCCGCCGUCCCCGGUCAAUAACGUGCAGCACGUCAACGCCGCAACGGAAGAACCUGCUGCCACAAUGAGAGAAGUUUUGGCGAGUCUACCUGGAUUUAGCUUAAAGUCAAGCCGCAGGCGAUCGACAAAGAGACUGUCCGCAACCGCGCAAUUAGAAGCUGGUCUCGUGGAUUUGGAAUCUCCAGCGAGUAUAUUAGCAAGUACGAGCUUACGCGCUCUGUUAAAUAGGCAUACGUUUCAAGGCUUGCCUCCACUUUAUCAAAGGAAGCUCGCGCAACUCCUGCCUGCUGUAGACAGACAGGACGCUGCUAUCUCUGGAUUGAACAAUGAAUUUUUCGCGAGAGCUUGCCUAGAAUGGCGGAAACGUCUGGCAGAAGGAGAAUUCACGCCGGAAAAUCAGCAACGCCUGAAGAUGGAGGCGGAGCGAGACAAGAAUAAGCUGGAUCCAUGGAAGGUGAAACACUUCGAACCGAUAUGGGGAGAGAAGCGAGAGCCUAAACUUAAAUCGAAUCUCCAUUACAUUACCGAGUCACGUUCCAGCGGUGCUGUGACACGAUCGAGUUUAAGACUUCGUCUGGAAUCUAGCGUGGAUAUUCCUACGUCGGAGCACGCAGUCUGUCCCAUCGUAAUGACCGAGGACAAAGUCGACACUAGCUGCAAGACCGAGAUCAGCAUAAAGACUUCCGACGAUCUAGUUAAUUCUGAGGAGGUGCAACAAAAUCUAUUGCCCUUGGAUUACAACGCAUUGCCGGACAAUGUGACCGAUGAGAAACAUUUAGAUGACUCCAUGCAAGUAAAUUCCAUAGAGGUGACGGAAGAUAUUCAAAUGCACGACAGUAAGCUGGAAGAAGUUGACAAGCUUGCGGAUAUUUGCGAGAAACAGGAUUUGGUUGAGGCCAGUGAGAUCGCGAGACAGAUAUGCCAGGAAGCCAUCUCGAAUGUGUACGAGGAGGAGACGAACUUUUCCUCGAGCGAGAAAAAUUUACAGCCCAUGGAAAACAACGUGAUCGAAGCGUCGGAGGAGGACACCGUGCUGCUACCCGACGACAAUUCGUCACCCAGAUCGAGCGAGCAGAUCGAACGCGCGUCGCACACGUCCGGGGAAUCGAUGUCGCAGUUGUCCAGUGAAUAUAUAUCGCAAGCGUCCCUCGAUCAGAUUUCGCAGAUGUCCAAAGAACAGAUCUCGCAAAUAUCCAGCGAUCAGAUUUAUCAGAUAUCGGAUUGCGAGACCGCGAGUAUCCUCGAAAGCUCGUCGCCGCAGGAUCAAGUCAGGCCCGCGGAUAUCGUUAUCGAGGAUACCAGUUUGAUUAACAGCGAUCAAACUGACGUGACACAGGCUUCCCACGAAAAUCCAACGGACAGCGAAUCGCAAAUUCCAGAAGGAAUGGAGAUCGAUAGCGAGACUUUACAGCGUAUUCACGAACUCGAGGUACGAGGAGAAAUGCGGGAAAUGUAUGAAGAGAUUUCGGGAUGUCCAGAGGAGAUAAUAUAUCCAAUUCUGGAGGGAAUGGAAAUGGCUUCAACUAAUGCAGAAGUAACCGAGCCUCAAGUAGUAACUGGACAAACUGAAGAUACUACGGGAACGGACGUAAAUGUUGGUAACGAGGACGAAGCUUUGCGAGAGGCGAAUAAUUAUGUCUGCUCUGAAAUGUUGGAAUGCAGUUGGACGGUGGAUCCGACCGUUAGUAACAUCAAUAACAACAAUAGGACGCAGGAGGAGCUGCAGGUACCUUGGCCUUUGGUGGCGGCUGCUCUUGACGGAUCGGUAGCUGCUAAUAUCACAGUAACGACGCAGGAUGAAUGCAGCGAGACGUCCACAACGACCGACUCUACGACUUCUUCGCAACAAUUCAUUAAUACGGACACCAACGUGGAAUCCGUGAAUUGCAUUCAGUUGCCGGUUGUUCAAGGAACCACGUUUCAAUCGGAUGGCAGCCUAGCUAUCAGCACACCGGGCAACACCUGCGUUAUGAAGAGCCUGCAGUCGCAGAGUCCGCCGAUCAUCGCGUUCCCGCAAUUGCAGUCCAUCAGAUUUGUGCAAACGAGCUUCAAUCCGGAACAGGAGGCGACGUCUCCGCUGGCGAAUAACUCGUCUACGAUCUCGGCCCAGCUUCAGCCCCAGCAGAGUAACGCCGCGCAGGUUAACAUGAUACGGGCGCAGGAUACCAUCACUCAGAUAAAUACUCAGAACAACGGUGUGCGCGGUAACGUGAAUCAGAACACCAUUGUGACGCAAGGCCAGGUGCAAAAUACCCUCCCGACCACGAUGGGAGUACAGUCGCAGAAUCGUGCACAAAAUGCGAUCGUUAUUCAACAUCCGACUGCCGCCUCUGUUCAACCCCGGCAAAUCGCGGCCGCCGUGCAUCAACAGCAGCAGCAGCAGCAGCCACAGCAGACGCAACAGCAGCAGCAGCAGCAGACGCAGCAACAGCAGCAAUACGCCGGACCGUCAGUGACCGUUUCGUCGCGACCCUCGCGCGUAUCCAAUCAAAACACCCAAAGAGGCUCUAGAAAUAGUAACAAAGAGCAAGGGAGCAGAUCGAGGAGCUCCACGAAAGAACCUCCGGGCGCUGUCAACUUGGAGCGCAGCUAUCAGAUAUGCCAAGCGGUCAUACAGAGUUCACCGAAUAGAGAUCAGCUGAAGGCCCAUCUCAAGCCACCGCCGAGUUUGCUCGCUAGAGGAGACGGUGCAUUCACGACCAGCAAAUCGGGCGGGCGCACCCUGACGACGGUCAAACCCCAGAAAACGCAGCAGGCGAUACAGCACAAUAAACAAGCUCAAAAUAAGACGCAGGCAGUUAUGCUGAGACAUGUAUUCGCUACGGCGCGUCAAGCCGCAUCAACGGAGGUUACAGAAAGCACUCCUAUAGCGCAGCUUGGUUCCACCACCAGCAACGGUCUCGGGCAGUAUAUACUUGUACAAAGGACAGGAGUCGGGGAUAGUGCGCCGAGAGCAUCGUCCGCGCCUCCGUUACCGCCGCAGAUCGCAGGGAUGGGCGUUGGGGUCCAUUUGGUGCGAGGUAGACCGGCGAGCGCCGGCGAGGGUUCCCAUCAGGCUGUCACCCUAAAGGCGAGAGGCCCGGACAGCAGAGUGACAGGCGGCGCGGAACCGGGCGCGCCCGGCAUGAUAAUCGGCGGCGAUCCGCCACCCCCGUGCGAAUGUAAUAUGCGAGGAGCCAUGGUAAUUUGCCGGCAGUGUGGUGCCUUCUGCCACGAUGACUGCAUCGGGCCUCAACGUAUCUGUGCUACCUGCCUCAUACGUUAAAUCACUCCAUCUUCAUCCAACCGCGUUCGUGUAUAAAAAUUAAACCCGUCGUAAGAGUGCUGAGCAUCCAAGUUGGUGAAACGGAAGAUAUCAAACAUGUUAUCGUAUUAAUUAAUUUAUGUACAUGU